CUGCGCACUAGGGGAGCAAUCUCUUGCCCGCAGCCCUGAGGUUGCGCCUGCGCAAUUGGAAGCCCUGGCGAGGCCUCAUGGCCUUGUGGGAAAUGUAGUCCCGCGCGUCCAGUGAGGCUGCUGUGCCGCCAGCCUCUGGCUUCUUCAGUGACUCUGCGGGAGCCUCUCAUGGCUUCCUUUCUGCUGCUCAGCUCUGCCCCUAGAGACUGCACAUUGUCUUGGAAGGCCCCACAGGAAGGAGGAAGGCAAUGGCUGUUGGGCCUCUGCCCCUGGGAGCUCAGGAGUCACUGACAUUCAAAGAUGUGUCUCUGGACUUCACUUGGGAGGAGUCAAUGCAGCUAGAUUCUGCACAGAGGAACCUGUGUGUCAGUAAUGCUGGAGAACUAUAGCACCCUGGUUUCCCUGGGUGCGCAUCGCCACCUUCAGCCUUCUGCCAUGUGGAAUUCACAGGGCAUCAACCGUCCAAACCAAAUGUGAUCUCUGAGCUGGAACAAGAGCUGACCCUGAGAAAAGGAGAACUCCCAGGUUGCAUCUCUCUGGCAGCUAUGAAUGUGGCACUGUGCUGAGAGAAGAAAUGAUACCAAAAUGGUGUGCAGAUGCUCCUGGCCAGAGGAAGCCCACAGUUGUAAAGCUCCUCCCCUGCCUCCUCCCUGCUCAGUCUUCCUCAGCUCACCAGAGAAAAGGAAUGGCUGUCAGCCACCUCCCAGCCCUGGUCCAGGACUUGGUGACCUUCAAGGAUGUGGCUGUGCUGUUCACCCAAGAGGAGUGGGAUUGGCUGGACUCUGCCCAGAGGGCCUUGUAUUGGGAUGUGAUGCUAGAGAACUACAGUAACCUGGUCUCACUGGCAGGUCUCUUAGGAUCUCGACCAGAUAUGUUCUUUCCCCUGGAAGAAGUGGAAGAACGUGUGUUGGAGGAGGCUCCCAAGGGCUUUGUUCUGGGGGGGAUUACAAUGGCCAUGAGUAAGAAGUUCCUCAGGGCACAUAUCCCUCAAAAAGGAUCAGAUCAAUGGAUAACGAAGGAGAGAGCCACCAGAGAGACUAACUUGUUAGAUUGGCUAUGCCAGGAAGGUCAGGAGGUCAAGUUGCAGCAAGUGGUCCUCACCCAACAGGACACUCCACCAAAGGUGAGGGAGCAGAACAUCAAAGGGUCUGACAAGGGCUGCACAGCGAGCUCCUCACCCAUCCAAAGUCAGAGAUCUCAAGCAAGCAAAAAAGCUUUUGAAUGCAGCAAGUGUGGAAAAGCCUUCACUAAGAGUUCCACCCUUAAGAAGCAUCAGAAGCUUCAUACUGAAAAACUCAAGCCAAGUCAGAAAACACCAAUGAAAGAGAAACGGUAUGAAUGCAGAGAGUGUGGGAAAGCCUUCCACCAGAGUACACACCUCAUCCACCACCAGAGAGUUCACACUGGCGAGAAACCAUAUGAGUGUAAGGACUGUGGCAAGGCCUUCUCUGUGAGCUCUUCCCUUACCUACCACCAGAAAAUCCAUACCGGAGAAAAGCCCUUUGAAUGUAAUGUUUGUGGAAAGGCCUUUAUCCGGAACAUACAUCUUUCCCACCAUCACAGAAUGCAUACUGGAGAGAAACCUUUUCAAUGCAACAUUUGUGACAAAGCUUUUGUUUGCAGAGCACAUCUUACCAAACACCAGAACAUUCACAGUGGCGAGAAGCCCUAUAAAUGUAAUGAGUGUGGGAAAGCCUUCAACCAGAGUACAAGUUUUCUGCAGCAUCAGAGAAUCCAUACGGGAGAGAAACCCUUUGAAUGCAACGAGUGUGGCAAGGCCUUCAGGGUGAACUCUUCCCUUACUGAGCACCAGAGAAUCCACACUGGGGAGAAACCAUAUCAAUGUAUCGAAUGUGGCAAAGCAUUCAGGGAUAACUCAUCCUUUGCAAGACAUCGCAAAAUUCACACUGGAGAGAAACCUUACAGAUGCGGCUUGUGUGAGAAGGCUUUCAGGGACCACACGCACCUCACUCAACACCAGAGGAUUCACACGGGAGAAAAACCUUACAAAUGUAACAAGUGUGGGAAAGCUUUCAACCAGACUGCAAACCUCAUUCAGCAUCAGAGAGUCCAUACUGGAGAAAAGCCGUAUAUCUGCAGUGAAUGUGGGAAGGCCUUCAGCUUCACCACCUCUCUCGUUGGGCAUCAGAGGAUGCACACUGGAGAGAGACCCUAUAAAUGUAAGGAGUGUGGCAAGACCUUCAAAGGCAGCUCGUCCCUUAACAGUCACCACCGGAUCCACACUGGAGAAAAGCCUUAUAAGUGUAACAAGUGUGGGAGAGCCUUUAGCUAGUGCUCAUCUCUUAUUCAGCAUCAUAGAAUUCACACUGGGGAGAAACCAUACGAAUGUAGCCAGUGUGGAAAAGCCUUUACAUCGAUAUCACGGCUGAGCAGACACCUCCGCAUCCAUACCGGAGAGAAGCCCUUUCGCUCUAAUGCGUGUGACAAAGUGUUCAGUUACCACUCAGCCUUGAUUAUAUAUCAGAGAAUUCACACUGGAGAGAAACCAUAUGCAUGCAAGGAAUGUGGGAAAGCGUUCAGCCAGAGCGCGGCACUUACCCAACAUCAAAGAAUCCACACUGGAGAAAAGCCAUACUAGUGCGACGAAUGCGGAAAGGCCUUUUCCUGGAACUCACGGCUUAACAUCCACCACAGAGUCCACACAGGAGAGAAACCUUAUCACUGUAAAGAAUGUGGAAAAGCUUUCAGUUCCCACUCCGCAGUCAAUACUCACAGAAAAGUCUACACUGGUGAGAAACCUUAUAAAUGCAGUGACUGUGAAAAAGCCUUCAACCAGAGCUCAGCCCUUAUUCAGCAUCAGAGAAUUCACACCGGAGAGAAACCAUUUAACUGUAAAGUUUGUGGGAAAGCCUUCAGACAGAGUUUGUCACUUAUGACACAUACGAGGAUUCAUACAGGAGAGAAGCCUUAUAAAUGCAAAGCAUGCGGGGAAGCUGAAUGUGGGAAGGGUUUUAGCCAAAGUCUUCAUCUCCUAGAGCACAAGAGGAUUCACACUGGGGAGAAACCUUACAAAUGCAGUGAGUGUGGGAAAAGCUUCAGCCAUAGGUCUUCCCUCCUGGCUCACCAGAGAACCCACACUGGAGAGAAGCCGUACAAAUGUAGUGAGUGUGAGAAAGCAUUCGGCAGCAGCUCCACACUUAUCAAACACCUGAGGGUGCACACCGGAGAGAAACCUUACCGCUGCCGGGAAUGUGGGAAGGCCUUCAGCCAGUGUUCAACCCUCACUGUGCACCAGAGGAUUCACACUGGGGAGAAGCUCUAUAAAUGUGCUGAGUGUGACAAGGCCUUUAACUGCAGGGCAAAGCUCCACAGGCACCAGAGAAUCCACACAGGUGAGAAGCCUUAUAAAUGUGCUGAGUGUGGGAAAGGCUACAGUCAAUUUCCAUCCCUCGCUGAACAUCAGAGACUCCAUACUGGAGAACAGCUUUGCCAGUGCUUGCAAUGUGGGAGAACCUUUACACGUGUGUCUACCCUUAUCGAACACCAGAGAAUUCAUACUGGACAGAAACCAUAUCAAUGCAACGAAUGUGGGAAGACCUUCAACCAGUAUUCCUCCUUCAAUGAACAUCGGAAGAUUCAUACUGGGGAGAAACUUUACACAUGUGAAGAAUGUGGGAAAGCCUUUGGCUGUAAAUCAAACCUUUAUCGGCAUCAGAGGAUCCAUACUGGAGAGAAACCCUAUCAGUGUAAUCAGUGUGGAAAGGCCUUCAGCCAGUAUUCAUUCUUAACUGAACAUGAGCGAAUCCAUACUGGGGAGAAGCUCUACAAGUGUAUGGAGUGUGGGAAAGCCUAUAGUUAUAGGUCAAACCUUUGUAGACACAAAAAAGUCCACCUUAAGGAAAGGCUGUAUAAAUGGAAAGAAUAUGGGACACCCUUUAUUUAUGGCUCAUCCCUUACUCCAUAUCAGAGAUUUCUGAAAGGAGACAAGCCUGAGAACUUUAAUUCAUCCAUCUAAUGUAAAACAACAGCCAGAAGAGUAGUGAGUAGAAUGCAAAUCAAAAUAGAGUCAUCUUUUUUUACUUGUACAGGAAAUAGUUACUGCUAAGUCGUGGACAGUGGAUGCACAAAGAAUGCUGACAUCAACCAUUUAAGGACUAUUACAAAAAAUGUUAAAAAUUGGUAGAAAAAGUAUGAAAGGCCUCACUUAAAAAACAAAACACAUGAGUAAAAAACUUUCAUAUAAGCAUUGUUUCAUGAGAGGGUCAUCUCUUUCUAAGAACUUCUGUGUUAUGAAUUUUCUUUUCAAGAUAGUCUGAUGUAGUUAAUAAUGUGAAGAGUUGUGGACCCUCAGUCCCUAAAAUGGUGAGCUGUUAUAGGAAGAAGUCCUUUUCAUAAAGAGCCACUUCAGAGGAAAAGAACACUUUGACUUGUUGUGUAUCAACAAUAAAGCUCUUUAUGAAUUGCCCCUUAUACAAUAUACAUGUGUGUAUGUAUGCAUCCAUAUUCAUAUUUAAACAUAGAAGACUUAUAUGUAUAUAUGGCCAUGUCACUUAACAAUGGGGAUACACUUAGAAAAGGCUUAAUUAGGCACUUUCAUGUUUAUAGAAACAUUGCAUUUGCAUAGCCCUAGAUGGUCUGGGUCAGCCAAUCACUGUGAUCUCUUGAGGUGAUCAACAUACCAUAAUUUUAAAAAAAAAUUUUUUUGAGGUUAUAAAUUAAUUACAACAUUUCUCCCUUCCCUUUCUCCAAACCCUCCUAUAUACUCCUCCCCACUCUCCUUCAAAUCCAUGGCCUCUUUUCUUACUAAUUGUUAUGCAUGCAUAUAUCCAUACUUUUUUAUAUUAAGUGUUUUUAUUGGUUUGCUUGUUUAUUUUAGAUAGUUUAACUACGUAGUGUAGGAUGGCCUUGAACUCAUUAUGUAGACCAGGCUGGUUUUGAACCUACAUCUUCCUGCAUCAGCCUCUGAGGUACUGGGAUUAAAGGCACGAGCCAUCAUGCUUGAUGUAAAUUUUAUUAGUAGAAUGUGUAUACUCUAAGGAUAAAGGUAUAGUGUAGCAAAUGAGUAAGCUGAUAAUGUAGUUUGUCACCAUCAUCAUGUAUCAUGUACUGUGUAAUUGUGUGUGCUGUGAUGUUGUCUGGCUGCCAGCACGAAGGUUUUGUUUGCACAAAUGAGCAAUGCAUUGUGCCUAAGGUGUUAUAAUAGUUAUAAAGUUAUGACAGCUCUGAUGUAAUUGGACAAGUAGGAAUUUUCCAGACCAGUUGCAGUCUAAUGAGACCACUGUGAUAUAUGUUGUCAUUGGCCAAAACAUCAUCAUAGGCAAAUGGCUGUAUGCGCACACUCACAUAUAUGUACAUAUAUGUGUGCGCCAAAGUGUAUACAUAUACAUACAAAGAAUUUAGGACAUUUUUUCCCCAUAGUCCUUAAUGAUUAAAAAAGACUCAAUUUACUAAUUUAGAAUUUACUGUUUCAAAUUUAAAAUUUACCCUACACAUGACUUCUUACUCUUCUGUAUCAAUCAUGGGAUCAGGUUCUGGAUCUAGUACUAUAGUACUGAGUCAUCUCACAGUACUAUAGAAGUCGGCUCAUCCAAACAGUAUAUUAUGGAUUGUAGAAGGCCAGUGUUGACAGAGUCUUCUGCUGUGAACCUGUUAGCAUUUUAGGAUUGGAGAGAUUUUUACUUUAUAACCUUUUAGGAAUCGAGAUCUUUUUAGCUCUGAUAAUCUAUGAUAGCUACAGGUUCAUUUCUAUCCUCAAGGCUCGAAAACACUGUUUUGUAACCUGUUCAAAUAUUUUUGCUAGUAAUGAAAUCAGUUAUCUUUAGUUUCCCCUAGCUUUGGUCUUAGUAGUGGAGUUGAGAGCAUGCCCCCCUUUCUUCUAUCUCUGAUUCUGCACAUGCUUCUAUAAUAACUACUUAAAUUCUCAAAGCCAACAAAGGUCCAGAUGGAGGUAUCAAUUUAGUAUGUUUCCAUGUAUGGCUGCCUUUUUAUUACACAACUUUUAAUACUUUUCUUUUUCCUUGUAGUGCUGACGACUGAAUCCAGGGCCUUGUACAUGCUCAGGAGGUGCUCCACCACUGAGCUGUAUCUGCAGCCCAUAGGAUUUAAGUAUAAAGUUGCAGAUGAAUAUUUUAUAUUAAACAAUCUACUCAUUACCUUAAUAUUUUAUAUCUCCCCUAGACCUAGUUCCUUCAUUCUUUUAUUUACCCCAUUGGUUUAUCAUUUUAGAAAUUACUCUAGGAACAUUAGUUAGACCCUUCUUUCUGAGCAGAAUAUUAGCAUUAAGCAGACAUUCAGCACUUAACUGACUUCUUUUGGCUCAUCAGUAGUUGUAUGUGUUUAAAUGUAUUUGCAAGAAAAAUAAGACUUCCAGGGAACCUCUGAAUGUCCUCUUGUACCUGGUGAGCAUGCUCAGGGUCCACUUUUUGGUUUACAAAUGUGAAUGUCUUGUACCUGGUGAGCAUGCUCAGUGUCCACUUUUUGGUUUACAAAUGCUGUUUGCCUCCAAAAGGAUUCAGGACUCCUUGAAGAAAUGAACAAUGGCAAGUUUGGAGUGAGAGGGGAAUUUAAGUGCACCUAGAGGAUAUUUUUAAUGAUAAGACAUCACUUUAGAGUUAUUGAUAAGUGUAGACACAGGGACUAACUUGAAGGUGCAUCCUUUGAUCAAACUUAAGAUUCUUCAAACAUCAAAAUACUCAUGACAGGGUUAGAUAUAAUAUUUUCUAAAGGUUAUGGAUGGGGGAAAGCUUAUUAUAACAUUUGAAGAAAAACAUUUUUAAAAUAUAUACAAAGCAAUAAAAGCCAUUUAACAACUAGCAAAAAGUUGAUUGUUGGUAAAACCUACUACAUGAAAGACAAUUAAGGAACACGGCAUAAUCCCAGAAGAGUACAGCUAUGAGUUGCAAAAGAAGCACCUGCUUUCACACUGAGAUCUGGCCGGCAGAGGCCUCUCAUGAACAGCAGCCAUUGUGGCUUCUUCUGAGGCCACAGAAGCACAUUUUAUUAUUUAUGAUAUACUGCCAAAAGCAGUUAGUGAACGUCUAUGGAAAUCUCUAGACUUAUCUUCCUGCUUACAAAGAAUUGAGAGUAACAUGUUAGAUUAUAUGGUAAUAGACAAAUUCAGAGUUUGAUACAUAGGAACUGAUCAUUAAGCUGUACUUUCAAAUAAUCAAUAUGUUAUAACAAAAAGAUGCCUGAGAUAGCCACAUGCAAAGUGUGAUCUUUUAUUGAGAAAUAAAGUCAGGAAAAACAAAAUCUUGUAAGACAUUUGGGAGAUAUUUAGGGAAAUACAAAGGAGAAAAUAGGUGUUAGAUAAUGUGGUAUGCUUACUUUUCUUAGACUAGGUAAAGUAUUGAGUUUAUAUUUCCCUGUCAUAUGCAUGCAAAAGUUUUAAGUUGACAAGUCAUAAUGUCUGCAGUAUAUUUUAAAUUGAAACUGUAGAACUGAUCAGUGAUUGUUGAAUCAUUGUGAUCACCCUUUAAACUUCUCUGUAUCUAUGUUUAAAUGUAAUAAAAAUUGAGGCAAAAAAUGAUUUAUAAA